AUGGCUACAAUGCAGUUCUGGCCUAGCGGCCGCGGAACGGUAUGUCGGCGCGAUUCGGCUUUCAUGGAGAUCAUCGACCCCAACGAAUGGUUACACUUGGAGGUAGAAAGGAAUUCGUUUCUUAACCGAACCCAGCAAGAAAGACGGAAGCGACUGGAACAACGUAUGCGUAAUGACCAGGCCAAAAAAAUUCAGGCAACCUUUCGCGGUUAUGUUGAAAAAUUGCGACAGCGUACUAAGUAUAGGAAAAUUUUCGAUCAAUAUUUUGCGACUGAAAAAUCGAUUGACAUGCUAAGUUCUAAAGAUUUAUUUACUUGUACACGAUGGCUCUUAUUUUAUUACGAUGCUAAGCAAGAUGGAUUUUUCAAAGCUAUGAGAGAUUUAUUUAUACAUCGAGUACCUGCAAGCAUUGACGAAAGCCCCAAUCCGCCUACUCCAAUGGCACAAUCCCUCCUCAAAUUAUUACUUAAUGUCAUCAUUGGAACGUCCGAUACAUCAGCAGUUUUGUUACAGUUUUCUAAAAUAUUUCUAUCUGGAACAUUCUCACCUCAGAUUACGCACUUCUUAGUACCUGCAAUAUGUGAAGUAGAUAGUAGUUUCCCUUUAUACCCUCUAAUUGUAUCGUUGGUAAAGAAUGACCAUCUAAAACAAUCGAAUCGACGGUUCACUUUAACCCCGCAGAUUAAUAUCAGCGGUAUAGAAUUAGUAAUGGAGCCUACGCCUACACUAGUGUAUAAUCUAUUACAAAUUGGAAAAUCUAGAAAGGUCAAAACAAUGCCAUUGGAUGUUAAGUUGCGAUACUUGCAGGCAAUCUAUCUUAGUUUCCCUUGUUUACGCAAAGAAUUAGUACUAAUUGAUUUAACAUGUAAAGUUACUACUGAAGACGCUGAAAGUGAUGAUGAUGAUGAAAUAUUUGAUAAUUCGUCUGAAAAUUUACAAUUCAUGAGACAGCUCUGCUUAGCCAAACUGGAUGAUAACUUACAUGUAGAGCUACUUGUAGAUAUGGAAGCUAUUAAUAAUAAGGAUUUUAGAGUCAGAAGUCAGUUUGUACUAUAUGUAUGUCUAAUUUGCCAUGCGGUCAUUGCAAAAUUGAAAGUUCCUUACUAUAAAUUAAGCUCGCAAUCGAAAUCAGUCUUGCAAUUAUUAAGUGGUUCAUCCCAAUUGGUUCACGAAGCUGAAAUAAUGAAUGUACUAAUACCCUUAUUACACACCUUUUGCUGUUGCCUGUACUUGUCAUUUUGUUCUUUACAUGAUACAAGCUUUCAACAAGAUAGCGUCGAUUUACCAUUUGAUUUAAAUCAGAUACGGGAUCUAUCGGCUAGGUUAAGAGAUGCAGCUGUUGGUAUAAUUGGAGUCUGUCAUUCUCGGCGAAGUAACCAUCAUUCUUCUUCAAUGAUUGCAUUUAACAAAAGGCCUACGAUAGAAGAUAACAAAGCAAAACUAACACAACAAUGGAGUUUUUACGAAUGGCUAACUGUUUGCAGAAGUGUUACAAAACUGGUUAAACACCUAUAUGAUCGAGAUUCACGCCUAUCAUUUUGCCAGCCGAACCAUUGGUUGUCGCCAUUAGCUAAUAUUCAGAUUGACAACCUGGACUUAGAGUACUUUUUUAAAGAUGAAGAAAUGAGAGGGCGUCCAACUCAAGAAGUAGCGCUGGUACAAGAGCUGCCAUUUGUCGUUUCCUUCCAAGAUAGGAUAAAGAUCUUACACUACCUUGAUCGCUUAGAUGCAGAUGCUAACUCGACUGGUUUAGAACAAUUUAUGAUGGGCUCUCUAAGUGCUGUAGUAAAGCGUGGUAGAAUGUAUGAAGAUGCAUUUAAUGCGCUAACGAAGGAGAAAGCGCCAAAUUUGAAGAAAAAGAUUCGUGUUACAAUUUUAAAUGAACAAGGAUUAGAAGAAGCGGGCAUAGAUGGUGGCGGGUUGUUUAGGGAAUUUCUGACCGAGGUCUUAAAGGAAGGAUUUAAUCCAAACUAUGGUCUUUUUAAGCUCACGCAAGAUGGUUGUUUAUAUCCAAAUUCAAAUGUACCGGUUAUAAUUUCAAACUUUCGCGAUCAUUACUACUUCUUAGGUAGAAUUCUUGGUAAAGCAAUAUUUGAAAAGCAUCUUGUUGAGUUACCGUUAGCUGGAUUCUUCUUAAGUAAAAUCCUAAGUGAUAAUAGUGAAGUCGGUAUCCAUCAUUUGGCUUCGCUAGAUCCUGUGAUGUACAAAAAUUUGUUGUCAUUAAAGAGCUAUCAAGGGGAUAUAGCAGACCUGGAACUCAACUUUACAGUCGUUAAUGAAAAUCUUGGCGAAGCGGAGGUCGUUGAUUUAAAACCUGGUGGCCAAAAUAUUGCCGUUACACCAGAAAAUCUAAUUGAGUACAUUCAUAAACUAGCAGAUUAUAAAUUGAAUAAGGAGGUCCUAAUAUCUGGCGCCGAAGUGCCGAUAGAUCUACAAGAUUUAAGAGCUAAUACAAACUAUUCAGGUGGCUAUAGCGAUAAUGACGAAUAUAUUAAUAUGUUCUGGGAUGUAGCCGAGGAUUUUACAGACAAACAACGCAGAAAGUUAUUAAAGUUUGUUACUAGCUGUUCAAGGCCUCCACUGCUAGGCUUUAAGGAGUUGUUUCCGGCAUUCUGCAUUCACGGAUCAGGCGAGAGCAAUGAUGAAACGCGACUACCUUCGGCUAGCACCUGUAUGAACUUGUUGAAAUUACCAAGAUUUCGCAGUCGGGAUAUUUUAAAAGAAAAGCUGACUUAUGCUAUAGAAUCUAAUUCUGGAUUCGAAUUAAGUUAA